CACACACACACACACACAAUCUCUUAAGUUUCUUAGUUUUUCCUCUCAGACUGAGACAGACAGACAGUCUUUCAGGAGCGAGGGUCUUUUUCAGAAUGGAGCUCUUCCUCGUCCUCCUCUUCCUCCUGUCCCAUGUUACCAUGGUUACAGCGGUGACCGGUUGCCACAGCGACAGGGACAAGGACCACCGGCCAAGAGAGAACUGCACAGCGGCCGGCUUCAGCUACGUUGUGGCGGGAUUCGAACCCUCGACCAAGGUUCUGCUGUUUCCCAGCAACCUGUUUUCCAGUCUGUCCUGGUCCUCGUUCCAGAUCUUUACGGAGAUCUAUGAGAUUGACCUCACAGGCAACAAGGUCCCGGAGGUGAACUCCAGCAUUUCUCCGAUCCUGCCCAGCCUCAGUGUUCUCCGGCUGGGGUCGAACCGUCUGACGUCCCUCUCUGACGGCUCCUUCUCCGCCUGUCCAGGUCUGACUGAACUCUACCUGGGCAACAAUGCCAUUGACUCUCUGAGCAACCACACCUUCUCUGGACUCAGCAAGCUGGAGAUCCUGGAGCUGUCGUCCAAUCGUAUCAAGGUUCUUCCUGAGCUCAUGCUCCACCCCCUCACUGCCAUAGAGACCCUCUUCCUGGAGAACAACAAGAUCAAGGUGAUGCCAGAUGAUUGGUUCAGCCAGAAGGAGGAGGUGCCGUAUCUCUACCUCUCAGCCAAUCUCUGGGCCUGCUCCUGUUCCCUUGGUUACUUGCGCAGAUACCUUGAUGACUACGAACUCAACGUCUACGUCCGGGAUGGCCCGAUCAUCAGGAGCGAUGCAGAGAGUGUGGUGUGUGACUGUCCACCGUGGCAUAAGGGGAAACCUGUUCUGAGUCUGGAAGAAUCUGAUCUGUGUUUACCUGCGACACAACCUCUUCCAGAAGAACACCAUCUGUUCCUUUCGCAGGGUGCCUGCUGCUGUGUGUGGCGUCGUCGGCGUGCAUAUUGGCAUCACUGGCGAGGCUGGUCGUCUGGUACAGGAGGGUGUACAAGCCGCUGAGUAUGAUGCUGGCGAGGAUGGGAGGAGGUAGUGAGGGAGUGAAGCUAUUAACAUACAGCAGGAGGGAAGAAAAGGAGGUGGUAGGAGGAGGAGGAGUGAUGGCGCUGUAUCGCUCUGUUCUGAUCAUCAACAGAGAGGGAGGAGAAGCUAUGGAGAGGAAAGAUGGAGGUAAGGAAGGUGAGGGAGGAGAAGAAGGAAGGAAAGAAAGGCUCCUUGUCACUCUGGAGCCGACAGGAAGAGGAGGAGCGAUGAGAGGGGAGGAAGGAGAAAGAGGAGAGGAGAUAGGAGUGUACAGGAAGACAUUGUACCGUCUGUUAAGCAAAGAGGAGGAGAUAGAGGGAUGGAGGGAUGUGAUGGAGGAGUGUCGGGUCGCUGCAGAAGAUGGAGGGAUGGAUAGAGAGAGGAGUGGAGGAGGAAUUUCCAGAAAGCGCUACAGUGUAAUUCUGAGGGAGGAGAGGGCGAAGGCAAGUGGAGGGAGAGAGGAGCUGGACUGGGUGGUGGGGGGUGGGAGGUGAAAAGAGAAGGAGGAGGGGAGGAUAGGGAGGAGCCCAGGAGCAGCUGGGGGGAGUGGCUGGCACACUACUUACCCAGCAUGCCCUGGGGAGUGACCAUGCCUCCUGAGAGCGAGGCAGCUCAGUGAUGUCAUUAGUGUGAGGCGCUGCAUCAGAUUGCCAAAGAACGUGAUUGGCCCAAUGGAUAGUGAUGACUUAAAACAGUCAGUCAUGACAUCACUUCCUGUGUAGCGUCUGCAUUUCUUACAUCUAUCUUUGUGGAAAAAUGAAACGUGUUCCUGGAGUUUACCUUCUAUAGUUUGAAACAAAUGAGCGUCUACCACAGACCUUGUUUUUAUAAGUCGUUAUUUCUGUUUUUAACAGUUAAGCCAUUGUACGAUCGAUAAACCAUUCGUUACACACAAAAAAACUACAGUUCCCACGAAAAUCUACCAGUGUGGUAGCACAGGUACUUACAUCAUCAUAACUUUUGUCCAUAUCCAUAUGACAGAGAGUCAAAGUGGCUUGACAUUAUUGGUGUUUUUACAAUGACAUUUGUACUAAUAACUAAAAAUUAAAAAUGAAUAAACAUUAAUUAUAGAUCCACGUUAUCAUAAACAUUCAAACCAGCAGUGUUAUUUGUACUUGCACUUGUAGUGAGCCAUAACUAUUCCUUAAGCACCUUUCAAUUGUAAAAGAUAUAAGCCAACUAAAAUCUUAAAUCAAACUCCACUUACUAUUUCACUAUUCUGAUACAAAACUUGGAAAAAUUCUAACUUUUAAACUUGCUGCAUUUUCUUGUGUUAGUGUUAGUGUGCUUUCUAACCUCCACCUCACAAGCACCUAGAUUUGUCAGAAAAUUUGUCAUUUUUUAUGUCUUCCUCUUGGCUGUUGUUGCCAUGAUUCACUGUAAGCAAGCACAUUUAUAUGCAUCAAUAUUCAUGUGUCGCUUUGCAUUGACCAUUUAUGGUUGAAUGUGGGCGUGUAGAGGGUGGGAUACGAGGCUGAUCCAUGUGCGCACAUUUCCAGGUGGACUGUGAUUUAUAAAGGGAAAGUUGCCUGCAGGUGUGCGUACGCACGGUUUUAUAAAUGAGGCCUCAGGACAGUAGUGUUUUGAAAAACCAUCUAACUUCUUUGACCUACAUGUUUUAACUCUUUAUAAUAAAAUGUAUGUGAAAUACA